GACCCGAGGCAGAGCACAGCUGGAUCAGGCUGCUGCAGAGCCCGAGAGCACUGUGAACCGGGAAAGCCGAACACCCGCCUCCCGCAGGACACAGCCAACCACAGCUGAGCAGCAGCCAACAAGCAAGACGAAGAGCCAAUCACAAGGCACCUUUGAAAACUCCAGGAUGAAGAUGGCUUCAGCGCGAGUCUGCCUCACCCUGGGCCUGCUUCUGGUCUUUGGGAAAAGCUCGGCUUUACAUCUUCAAGAGUCCCGCACAGCCCAUCAGGCCACCGACUUCGGAGUAAAAGUGUUUAAGCAUGUGGUCCAGGCCUCCAAGGACCGGAACGUGGUUUUCUCUCCCUAUGGGGUGUCCUCGGUGCUGGCCAUGCUGCAGCUGACCACGGCAGGGAAAACGCAGCAGCAGAUCCAAGAUGCUAUGGGAUUCAAAAUCAGCGAGAAGACCACAGCUCCUGCCCUCCGUCAGCUGUCCAAGGAGCUCAUGGGGCCGUGGAACCAGAACGAGAUUAGCACCGCCGACGCCAUCUUCGUCCAGAGAGACCUGGAGCUGGUCCAGGGCUUCAUGCCCCACUUCUUCAAGCUCUUCCGGACCACAGUGAAGCAGGUGGACUUCUCGGAGGUGGAGAGAGCCAGAUUCAUCAUCAAUGACUGGGUGGAGAGGCACACCAGAGGUAUGAUCAGUGACUUGCUUGCCAAAGGGGCUGUGGACCAGCUGACACGCCUCAUUCUGGUGAACGCCCUCUACUUCAACGGCCAGUGGAAGACCCCCUUCUCAGAGUCCAGCACCCACCAGCGCCUCUUCCACAAGUCUGAUGGCAGCACUGUCUCUGUGCCCAUGAUGGCUCAGACCAACAAGUUCAACUACACUGAAUUCACCACUCCCGAUGGCCACUACUACGACAUCCUGGAACUGCCCUACCAUGGGGAGACCCUCAGCAUGCUCAUCGCUGCGCCCUUCGAUAAGAAAGUGCCUCUCUCCGCCCUCACCAACAUCUUGGAUGCUGAACUCAUCAAACAAUGGAAAGGGAACAUGACCAGACUGCCCCGACUCCUUGUCCUGCCUAAGUUCUCUCUGGAGACCGAAGUGGACCUCAGAGGGCCUCUGCAGAAACUGGGCAUGACGGACAUGUUCAGCAUAGCCCAGGCCGACUUCACAAGUCUUUCUGACCAAGAGCAGCUCUCUGUAGCUCAGGCCCUGCAAAAAGUCAAGAUCGAGGUGAACGAGAGCGGCACAGUGGCGUCUUCCUCCACAGCCAUUCUAGUCUCAGCCCGCAUGGCCCCUCAGGAGGUGGUUAUGGACCGACCCUUCCUCUUUGUGGUUCGGCACAAUCCGACAGAGACAAUCCUCUUCAUGGGCCAGCUGAUGGAGCCUUGACAGCGAGGAGAGAGGCCUUCACUCGGGACAAAACUGGAGAAACUCUGAAGAAAAGACUUGUUUCAAGCACUCUUUCUGGAGGAGAAGGCAUUUCCCUUACUCCCACAGUGGCAAAUCUUCCAACCAGCCUCCCAGACCUCGGACUCUCGAAGGGCAGAGUCUCACUCCCGCACUGGCGUUAGACUCCCCUGUCUAACCCAGACUGUAGCGCUCACAGAGCCAUCGUCCGCUCCCACCAAUGCCCCACGGGGCGGGGCCACCAGGCCCUCACUCAGCAUACCUGGGCAAAAGUCACUCGUGUUCCAGUCACACCGCGGCCACCUCUUGCACCUUCCGCCGUCGCUGGGGCGGGUGCCACGGGCUAAAGGAAGAAACGCUGCCUUAUCUCAGGCUGCACCGUGGGACGACCACCUUGCCCAGCUCCCAAGGGCGGCAGGCGACAGACCAAGUGUUUGCCCAGUAUGGAGCCGGCUCCCAGCUCCUCUUGUGCCCUCCCGCCCGACACAUGCGCAUGCACAGGCUAUUUCAGAGUGUAGGUGACUUGUUUACAUAGCUUUUUUCAACCCACAAACUUUUUUUCUUUUGGGAACAGUGAAAGGUCAGAUGUGUGUGUGUGCGCCUGGCUCUUCAUCCUCCGUUGCCCCACUGGGGUGCAGGGGAGACGCCAGGGGUGUGUUUGAAUAUUUAUCACAUCCUUCUUCUUGUAUGCUUGUUGCAGAAAAAAAAAUACCGUUAAGGAAAACGCAUUUUAUUUAAGCCGUGGCACACGGUGUCCCGUUUGGGGUCUAUAUCCCUGUAUCUCAGGGGUACCGCACUCCACGCGCCUGCCCCUCCGGGUGGCCCCAGUGACGGGGGCUCACACUGCCGCCUAGCGGCAGCCUAACACACCCUUACCCCAAUGCUCCCCCUCUCCGGUUCCCCCUCCCGCGCCCUUCCCCUCCCGUGGCUUUUUUCCUUAGGGACCUUGCCAAGGUGAUGCUUGGCAGCCCACGUUAAAGGAAGAAGAAGAAGAAAAACAUUGGGUGGGAGAGAGAGGUUUGAGGGAGGGCAAAGUGGUUUCAAAUUUUUCCAAUGCAUUCAGGAGCAGAAUGGCACUAGGGGCUGUGUGACCUAACAGGACAGAACUUUCUCCAAUUACUGGGUGACUCAGAGCCGCACUGGUGAGUCACUUCAAUGUGUCAUUUCCGGCUGCUGUAUGUGAGCAGUGGACACGUGGGGGGGGGGAAUGGAAGAGACAGCCAGCUCCCAGUCAACCACCUUAGUUAGAUAAUCAUUUUGAAAGUCUCCAAUUUACUGAAAAAUUGCGCAAGAGGUAGCGUGAAUGUAAUCUCAUAGCAGGCCACUCUGCAGCAUUACGUCUCCACCGGAAGAAGAAAACAAAACUCAUUCUCUCUCUUCCUCUCCCCCUCUCCUCUUCCUAUUCAUUAUGCACUGGACAGCCACAUGCCAUGUACCCACAGAGGCCCCAGAUGUGGGGUCGAAUGUUCUUGAAUUUUGUUGGUAACAUGCUUUUUUUUUUCCACUUUUGGUAUAUAAACAAUAAAAACAAUAUGCAAUAUGCAAA